CAGCAGGACACACACACGCACACACACACACUUUAAAACUCAGGGAAAUCAGGACUGAAGAUGUGCUUUUUCACUCUCUAGAUAUUUAUUUUUCAAAGCUAUUUAUUAUUUUUUAUUCACUGCCUGUAUAUUUCUGCUGGAGCAGAUCAACGGGACUCAAGGGAUAUUCUCAUAUUAGCGUGACUGUGGUUUUUCAGAUGGAUUUUCCUCCAGAGAUCAGUGUUUUUCUUCUGUCUCUGACAGCACCGCUGAUUUUAUACACAAUCAACCAUGUGCCCUUCUUACAAGAUCCUCAGGUUAUGUUGACUAUAGGCAUCACAGUUCUUACAACAAUAUUCCUCCUGGCAAACCUCAGUGUCAAGAGUAAGAAAUCUACAGACCCUCUGUUCUACGUGUUUGCGCUGUUUUCCUUCACUUCUGUUGUCAGCAUCACAAAUGCGCUGCAGCAGGACGGAUUCAUCAAAGGCUUCAUGGACUUUUAUAUAAGCAAGGCAGAGCCGUAUCUAAACACAGCUCACGGUGUGAUGAUGAGCUACUGGGACGGCGUGAUUCACUACAGUCUGCUGCUCUUCAUGAUCCACUGCAUGAGCGAAGGGAAGCCAUUUCGCAGUCUUGGUCUAUUAUGGGCAGGAUCUAUGAUCACCAGUCAGAUCGUAGUAAUCUCUGGCGUCAUAGUAGGUAAAUAUGGGAAAAACCUGGUUCCUGCUCUGUGUAGACAUGGCCCGGCUUUGCUUUUAUCCAUAUGGGCGGCGGCGAAGCUUUUCAAUAGGCCGAGGGAGCUGUCAAUCAUUCCUGCUGACAAGCUGCAGCAGGAGCAGAAGAAAACACUGCUGUCCCGACCUGUAGAUCUGCUGCUGACGCUCGGCCUGCUGGGAAACAUGGCCUUUAAUGCCUUCAGAGGGUUUGUUGUUCUGGAAUGUUCUCUGGAUCUGUGUUUCUCCUACAUCUAUCAGUACGAGCCCUACAUGAAGGACAGCGUUGGCUUUCCUAAAGUCACGAUGCUGGUGCUGCUCUUCUAUGUGUUUCCGCUGUUGUUUGCAUGUGUUUACGGGCUUCACACUCCUGGUUGUAUGUGGAUGUUGGACUGGACACUCGUCCUCGCUGGAGCUGUGGCUCAGACUCAGUGGACUCACCUCGGCGCAUCGCUUCAUUCUCGCACACCGUUCACAUACCGGAUCCCAAAAGACGAGUGGCGGUCGGUGGUCCUGCUGAACCUGCUGACAGCAGCACUUCCCAUCCUGCUCGCCCUGCGAUGUUACGCCAAACAAAGCUUCUUCAUCAGAGUCCAUCCAGAAGAACAGACCCGCAACGGCAAGAAGAACAACUGACAGAUCUGCAGUGCCCACAUCCACGGACUGACAGAACACAACUAAAGAUUCAUGCUGUAACCAGUCUCUAAAAGAUCUCUAAUCUGUUAAAUAAUUACAUUACACUGGAGGGCUAAUAAUUCUCUACUCAAUUAUAUUCAUUCAUUUUCCUUCGGUUUAGUCCACAGUGGAAUGAACCGCCAACUAUUCUGGCAUAUGUUUUAUGCAGCGGAUGCCCUUCCAGCCGCAAACCAGUACUGGGAAACACCCAUACACUCUUACAUUCACACACACUCAUACACUACGGCCAGUUUAGUUCAUCAAUUCCCCUAUAGCGCAUGUGUUUGGACUCUGGGAGAAACCAGAGUACCCGGAGGAAACCCACGCCAACACCGGGAGAACAUGCAAACUCCACACAGAAAUGCCAACUGACCCAGCUGAGGCUUGAACCAGCGACCUUCUUGCUGUGAGGCAAUAAUGCUAACCACUGAGCCACCAUGUCGCCCAUUCUAAGUCUUUAUAACAUUAUUUAAAGUCUUAAAAGUCUUCAUUUUAUUUUACUGUCAGUAUCAGUGUGAUUAAAGCUAUAUCGGACAAAUGCCUGAUUUUAUUUAUUUUUUUAAUAUGAAGGUGAACACAGAAAGGACUAAAUAUGGAUUUAAAAUCAUAUUAUUGGGCUUUAUUGGCUAAAACUACUGCAAUGUGUUUUCUUUUGUACAGUGUGUCUUGAUUUUGUGAGUGUGUGGAAUGGUGGAAACUACUAAACUCCAGGAGGUUUAUCUCUGGUCAGUUGGUAAAAGCUCAAUAAAUAUGGACUCUGGACUAGUUUA